GCUGAGACAAGUGACAUUAUAAUAUUUCUUGUGAGAAAGCCUGAGAGAGGCAUCCGUCUUUUGGGGCUAGAGUUUAUUUCUUCUUUUUCAGAUUUAAAGAGACCAUCAUGGAGGUGGGGUCGAAGGUGGUAGCCAUCUUUGACUUUGAGACGACUGAGCCCGGUGAGUUAGCUCUGAGAGCUGGUGAUCAGGUGGACAUCACCUCACUGAUCAACGAGAGCUGGGUCAGUGGUACAUGCAAUGGAAAGAGUGGUACGUUCCCGGCAAGCUUCGUCAAGCCACUCAACGAUGCGGGCUCAAACACAUCGGAUAAGAAAGUAGCCUCAUAUCAAGUCACAGCUAUCCAGGAUUAUGACAGUUCUACAGAUGGCGAUCUCUGCUUCAAGACAGGUGACAUGAUAACUGUUUCCAAUGAGAUUGACGAGCACUGGUUACAGGGCUCUAUAGGAGAGAGAUCAGGGAUAUUCCCUGUCAGCUAUGUGAAUAAGGAUGCAUCGCUCCAACACAACAAUCAGGCUUCAACACAUGAUUACCAGGCAAGAGCCACUCAGAAAGUGACAGGACAACUCAGUGAGGAACUUAGCUUCAUGGUCGGUGACAUCAUCACCAUCACGGGCAAGGUGGAUGAUGAUUGGUUGAAAGGAACAAUAAACGGCCAAUCAGGAGUCUUACCAGCAAUAUGUGUGCAAGCGCUCGAUUCAAACUCAUUAAAUGGACCAAAGACUGGAGGAACACCCCAUGAUUCUGAUUUAAACUUUGAUGUAUUAGACAAGGCAUUCCAAGGGACCAGUACUACAUCGGGCGCAACGGGAGAAAGGCCAAAGGCAAAGACACUAUUUCCGUUCAGUGCGGAGCGAGACUGUGAGCUAAGCUUUAUGGAUGGUGAGACUAUAUAUCUGAGAGAGCGAGUUGAUGAGAACUGGUUUGAAGGGGAGCUAGAUGGAAACGUUGGACUCUUUCCUGCAGAGUUUGUUCAAAUCGUUGUGGAUAUCCCUCCUGGGUACGUCCCCCCUGAGACAAAGUCCAAGAGUGUUCCGUUGAAGCAAGGUAAAGCAUCCGGUAACCCAGUGCUGUCAUCUUCAUCAACGCAGGGUGAAGUUGCUGUUGUUAAGCCACAAUUACUGGAUGUUGGACAGGGUAAAGGGGCCCCUCCUAUAAAAGGCAGAAGAGGGAAAGUCCUGUACGACUUUAACCCUGAAACAGAACACGAUGUCUCCGCCAAACAGGGUGACAUCAUCACCAUCAUGAGUAAACCAGACAAUGAAUGGUACGAAGCAAAGAACCCUGCCGGUAAGGUUGGCUUCAUCCCAAUCGCUUAUGUGCAAUUAUUAGAGAAACCUAGAACUCCUUCAUUCAAGAGACCUGCUCCUCAACCGCCACGUGUCAAACCUUCAAAGAAAGGAUCUGCCCCGAGUGUUCCUACAACCGCACCUGCGGAUAAGAAUGCCAAUGAAUUGUUUUCACUUGGGACACUUGAAUCUCAGAACCCCAAGCCUGAUUCUGGAGGUGGUGGUGGUUUGGAUGAUCUACUGUUCUUUGACCCUCUUGUUGGGGGUUCUGAUCCUCCCCUCGCUCCAACAAAACCAGCUACCCAUGCGUCAGAUCCUUCUCUUCCUCAUGCUUUCAAAGCAGGCGGCAGUACCUUCAAACCAGUGUCGUUUGCAGGAAAGAGUUCUGCCAACACUGCAACCGUCGCUCCCAUGACCGCAGAAACCCAAAGCUCAACUCCCACGCCACCUCCUCAACCUACAAGGGGGAAUUCCCUUCUUGACAUGAGUCCUGUUGACUCACCGAUGUCUCCCAUAAUGAUGCCAAUGUCCGCAGUAGAUGUGAGCAACGCAUCAUCGGACCCCAGACCUACCAUGACCAAACAAGAGUCCCUAGACAGUCUUUCCAAGUUUGAUAUCCUAGCUGCAAGGCCGUUCAAUCCCACUAGCUCUAAGCAGAUCAGAAGCGUGCAGCGUCCAGUGAAUAGGGGAAGCAGUAUAGACGCAAGUGCCGCCGUUCAGGCCACCGCUGCACCGUCCGGAGGCUCAGAGCCUGUGGGCCAGGAUCCAGAACUCUUGACGAUAUCGCAAGUCAAUCAGGACUUAGAUCGUGCAUUACUUGAAGGAAGUUCCCCUAACACCAGUGCAGGGUCGGGACUUCUGACCCUCUCACAAGUGAACUCUGACCUGGACAAGGUUAUCCAAGAUGACGGGCAGGAAAUGACACCAAAUUUCAAUGCAGCGUUCAGCAGCGAAAUGGAUGCGGUCAGUAACGCUCCGUUUGGCUCUGAGCAGGACGAUUUCCGACCGCCCAUUCCUCCUCGUCAACCUUCCCCCAAUCCAUUUGCAGCAGCUGUGGAGGAGCAACAGGCAGAGAUCCAACCCACCAAAGCAUCCUUUAAUCCCUUUUCUGCUGUUACUCCUCCAGGAGAGGGAGACAGUACCUUGGACAAUUCCUUUGCUAAUUCCUUUGAUCCUCUUCAGAGCCUCCCAGACGCCAGCCUCCCGCGAGACGACAGCAUCCCAUCAGACAUGUCUGAUGAUGCCUUUGCCCAGGGUAUCAACUUCACCAUCAAUUCCCCUCUCAGUAUUCCCGCAGAGAAUCCUCAGACCUCUACCUCCUUCAAGCUUCCCCCUCCCCCGUCUCCUGGUAAGCGUCCCAUCGCUCCUCCUAAGCCACAGAAGUUUGAUCCUCGGACCGCUGUGCCCCGCCCAAGACCUAGGUCCAGCGUAGACAACAUAGAGGCUGUGCUGCCAGCUCCUCCACUGCCAUCGCAGAAACCGGUCCUUCCGCCCAAGCCUGACUUGGAUCUCUUGACCGACAACCAGCGUGCUGCCAACCCCGAGCUGGCUAACUUUGAGGCCAGCAUUCAGCAGAUAUUUGACACCUCAAAGUGGGAGACAGAGGAGACGGACGUGUCUGGUCAGCAGGCUCCUGCUCCUCCACCUCCUGUCACCAGAGGUGCAUCUCUCCUGGAUCAAGAUCUUGGAGUCAUCAGUCAGGUUCUUCAGCAGCAUUCAUCCACCACUAGAGGGCAGCCUUCACAGGCAGCUGUGGGUGAUCUCCUGGGAAUAGGUGGAGUAGAGGAAACAGCGCCCCCACAGUCCAACAAACCCAGUCGACCAGCUCCGGCAAGACCAGUCAUGCCAGCUAAGAAGAAGGUACCUCCUGGUAGGCCUGUUGCUCCUAGACUAGGUCCAGACAUGAGGAAAGAUGAAGAUGACUCGUCAGGGCCAGGCGCAGUGAAUGGUGAGGCUCAUACUGCGGAGGCUAUUGCCGCUUUGGAGAGCGGGAUAGCACAACUCAAAGAAGAGAUUGAGGCACAGAGACUGCAUAAAUCCAACCUAGUGAGGGAGUGUGCGUUUGUUACUGUAGACACAGACAAAGCAGAGCUACAGCUGCAGAUCGCUGACGACGAACUAGACAUCUUGGACAAAGAGAGACAAAUCGAAACUUUACAAGAACAACUCGCAGUGCUGAUGCCUGAACCUAUCCCAGCACCAAAGAUGACGCCUGCAGACUUCAGAGAAAAAGUUGUCACAGAACUACUGAAGACUGAGGAUGAUUAUGUACGAGAUAUCAAGCUGUGCCAGGAAGGGUUCAUGACAGUCUUACAGGAGAAUCAGAUCAUAAUCAAUGAGAUAUUGAUUGUGAAGGCCGAGGAAGAAAUGGAAGAAUUGGAACGAGCGGCAGAGAACAAGAAAGCGGCCAAAGGGUUGGAGCUGGAUGUUCUUUUCGGUAACAUGGAGCAAGUCAUAGAGGUAGCAGAGAGCUUCCUGCACGACAUCGACGCUGCAGCAGAAAAACCUAUAGAAGAUCAACUCUUUGGUAAAAUCUUCAUGGACCAUUCCAGGAAUCUUCAUGAAGCAUACGCACAAUAUUGCAGGAAUCAUGACGAUGCUUCUGCUCUCCUCGAAAAGUAUGAAGAAAAUCCAGAAGUGCAGGAGUACAUCAACCAAGGACUGGAAUUAGUCAGGCAAAGUACCAACUGUUGGGAUCUGGCUUCAUUUCUCAUCAAGCCAGUCCAGAGGAUACUCAAAUACCAUCUCCUCAUCGCAGAGCUCUACAAGUACACUGAGGAAGAGCAUCAAGACCGAUCAACACUCAAGCUUGCUCUCUCUACCAUGACAGAGGUGGCGACAGACAUCAACGAAUUCAAGAGGAGAAAAGAUUUAGUCUUAAAGUACAGGCACCGAGGUCAGGAGGCGAUGUCUGAUAAGCUUGGAAAGAUCAACUUGCAUUCACUGCGUAAAAAAUCACAGAGAAUCAACCAACGAUUCACCCAGAUGACCGGAUUCGGUACACAGACUAUUGAUGAAGAGUUUGAUCGGGCAGAGAGGAGUUUCCAUACUCUAGAGAAAACCAUCAAGAUCUUCGUCAAGGAUGUCCAUGCGUACCUAGAACAACUCAAGGAAGCUACAUCAGUAGAAGCAACAGUAGGAAGCGAUAUCUCUGAUUACUAUGCCAACCAGUCAAACCUCCAUGAGGUAAACAAGUAUGAAGCAGUACAGAACCAUCUUGCCAAUAAACUCUACAAAGAUUAUACGUUAUUUGUGCAGCAGAGAGUGAUGUCUCCUCUCAACAGUCUUCUCAACAUGUUCCAGGGCCCGCAUAAACUCAUCCAGAAGCGCUAUGACAAGCUGCUUGAUUACGAUAGCUAUAUCAACAAGGCUGAGAAGACCAAGGAGAAGGAUAGGACUAAGCAGUCUAAGCACAAGAAGAAAGACCUUGACAGUGAUGACGAUGAGGCUACGACCGUGGGUAGCCCCCGGCGGCUCAAGGAGAAGGUCUCUAAAGAGUCCAAACAUAAGAGACUCACAGACAGUGCUAGCGAAGACGAGGCAACGACCGUAGGGGCGCCCCGACGUCUCAAAGAACGACAUCCAAGAGAGGUCAAGGAUGAGAAGGAGGUUGCAAGAAAGAAUUACGAGGCUCUUAACAUUCAACUCAAAGACGAGCUACCUAGACUAUGCUCCAUGUCACUGGCGCUCUUUAAAUCCUGCGUCAUAUCUUUCAUAGAGGCUGAGAGAGAUCACAUUAACUCGACACUCAAGAGGCUUUAUCCCUUGAUUGAGCUCUCGAUCGUCAAAUCGACCGACAUGACAAACAUCAUGUCUGACUUUGAGACGAGCCAUCAAGAUGCAUCUGAAGGGAUGCUCAUCUAUUCCUUCGUACCGAGAAACUUUGACCGGAAGGUCGACAAGACGGAGAAGAAAUCCAAGAAGCCGUUUACCGAGCCGAAAGUCCCUGCAAGUAAACCACCAUCAUCAAAAGCUCAGAGCGAGGCGCAGCGUCAGAGCGUCAUGACACGCUACCCAACGGGCCGGGUAUACCAAGUGAAGUCUAACUUCAUAGCCCAGCAGCCAAUGGAUAUCAGUGUAUACAAGGCUAACAUUGUGGGGAUCAUUAAAGAGCAGGAUCCGACCGGGAGCUCUGACAGGUGGUACGUCGACAGUGGAGCAUCCCAAGGGUUUGUACCGAUGGGUAUCCUAGCAGCAUGUAACGAAAGUCACUCAACAAACAUCUACUCCAGUGAUGAUGAGGCCAAUAAAGGGCCUUAUAGCGACCUCGGGUCACCCCAGUAUUAUUAUGCUGAGUGGGGCUUUACGGCCAGCAGUCCGAAUGAGCUGAGCCUGACAGAGGGCGGUGUUGUGACGGUCAUUGCAGCUCAAGACACAGAAGGCAACUCAGAGUGGUGGUUGGUCGAGAAAGACGGAGAACAGGGUUUUGUCCCAAGCACUUAUCUAGCCAAAGUCUAAAACCUCACCAUUACUAUUAGUCAUUCUAUUUUUUGUCCGCUGUUUGUUGUAGUUGUGAUUAAAAUUCUUGAUGAUGAUAUUCCCUUCUAUUAUCGCGAUUACCACAUUGUGAUGUAAUGUUCCUAUGCAAAGGACUUUGGUUAUUAAUUCACAGACUUUAGCUCUCGAAACCGUAGUGUUCUUUCGUGUCUCCUUGGACCAAGAUUAAUGUAUCUUUAUCUUCGGAGUAGUUGCUACAACCGGCCGUGUCAGACACGUUGUCCCGGGGUGCGAGAUAGGACUCUUGUAGCGUGCAAUAACAAUUAACAUUACCACAUAAACCGUAGCGCUCAGCGCAUUCAAGGAAUAGAUCCUACCAGGUACCAUCAUGUGGCAAAUCUAGAUUAGAUGUAAUGGCUUGCCAAAGGUCUCUGAUGUUGUGGCAUGGAUUUGAACCCUGUACCUUUUGGUUCACAGUCUUGAGACUUAUCCACUAGACCACAACACCUGUAAAUGUGAUAGCGACUCAGAUAAAAUUACAGCCGGGCUUCCGGGGGUUUUCAUGUGAAGUGCACUGUGACCUGGGGCUGUAUCUAUCUCGUUUUGUUGAUGGAGAAAUCAUUAUAAUCAUCAAAUUGGCAACUAUGUAAACUGAGGUCAAAGGUCAUAUGUUUUAUUUCAUGUGAUAUCUUUUAAUGGUAAUAGAGAGGUUAUUACAUUUCAAAUGACAUACAUAUAAUGCAAUAUGUAUUAGUGUAUACAGUCUCGGUGUCAUAAUGGAUUUCAAUAUAUCAUGAGUAUUUAUUAUGUAUAAAUAGAUUAAGACCCUAUGUUUAUAACGUGCAUAUACUUUGUGAUAGAUUACUGGUAUUUAUUUUUGGUAUGAGAGUAGUGUAUUUUGUGUAGAUUUUUUUUUUUCUGCUGAGGAAAGAAAUAUAUUUAUUCAACUGUUGUCUGUGGCCCGUUGUGAAUGUCUUUCCAUUGCUUAGAUCUAUGAGUGAGUGUUAUUUAUUUUGCUUAAUUGUGCUUCUAGUAUAGUUACAUACCAGCUUUUCUUUCAUUAUUUAGGAUGUGGGUAGUUACUCUGUUUUUCAUCUUACCAAAGUACAUGGUUAACUCGACAAAAUUUUCAAGUAUUUGAUUGAAAAAAUUGAACUCGUUUGGGUAAGACUGCUGCCAUAAACAUCCAUGCUUGUGCACUUUCACAACUCACAUCAACCGGAAAUAUUUGAGUGAUUGAUUGGCUCAAAACGGUUCCUUAGGUAUAGAGGGUCAAUAAGUUUUCACAUGAAUUUGACAGAAAAUAAAGUACUUAACUUAUAAUAUUCAGAAGAAUAUUUCACAGACGUACCCUCUUGUGAACGUACUCACAGGUGUGUUACCAAAGAAAAGAAAAUACUUGAUGGGUUUACAAGGUAAAUAUAGUUUCAUAGAUUUAGAGGUUUAUGACAAGGUUUUUAGUGGUAAGUACUGCAGGGCUUUAGAGGUAUGGUGUGGAUUUGACAGAUAAAAAAAAAAGUUAAAUGUUAUGUGUACUAAAUUAACACAUUACCGUCCAUGUACAGUGUACUUACAGUAACAUGCCCUUUUUUAAAAACACAAUUUCACUUAUUGACAAAAUUCUCUUAUAUAUUUUAACACUGGAAUACCGUACAUUAACUGAAGGAAAAGAUGGAUAUAAAGUUGCAUGUACAUGGGGCUGCAGGGUAGAAGUUUAUUCAGAGGAUCGCGGCAAAAGGCUUUAACGCAUCAGGGUCUUUCAAAGUAAUUUAUAGAAAAGAAUUGUUAAUGUGUGCUGUUCAUGAACACAUUCUUGUGUGCAUCCUUUCACAGGUUAUUGACCAAAAAACAAACUGCUUACAUGAAUGAUUGUGAAGUGAAACUGCCCCAUUUUGUUAAUUUCCACAUACUCUGUUGCUUAGAUUUCCUCAUACACACGCAAAAAAGGACUAGAGCAGGAAGAAUAUUACAAAGGGGUUAGAAAUAGGAAUCAAUUUUUUUUGCCUCAUCUGCAUUAUUUUAUUCAUUUGCUGCAUAUUGUUUUCAUCAGCAUUAAACAAAUGAUGAUGGUGCUCUGAAUAUAUGAUAUAUUCUCUUGAGCUGCAACUACAUGAUAUGAAUCAUUUUUUUCAUCAGCAUUUAAUAAGUAUUUGCUUGUGCUAUCUUGCCAAUUAUUAAUUUGAUUCAAUUCAAUUCAAUUGUUUGUGGCUCCUCAAAAAAUUUGCAGCUAGGAAUGUUCUUCUUCUGAGCAAAGCUUGUCUACAUGGUCUAUCGAUAGUAGAAUCUUUGCAAUCUCGAAACAAAACAAUGAUAAGAAGAAACAAUGAAAACAAACCCCACCCAUACCCUUUUUUAGGGUGGGGGGGGGGGGGGGGCAGGUUUGAUUGUGACUCAUAGCAUACCUUUCAAGCACGCUACAAAUUUUGAUUUAACUAUUAAAGCCACACUGUACUAGUGAAUCCCCUCUAGCACCAUCUCAGGUCAGUUGUAGCAGUAGGGUCCCAUUAAUCGCUGCUUUGUUGGUUCUCGCAUUGAAUCCUCUGUCUGCGAAGCAGAGAUUGGGUAUUUGGUUACACACUGUUGGCAAGUUGACCAAGAGAUGGCGCUGUGCAGUAAACAGUACGCUAGGGCAAAAAUUUCAGUUGAGUAUCACUUUAAACAAACCUCAAGGGCCAUUUGACUACCUCUUGACCGAAGACAGACCCAGUUCCACUUUUUGUUAUGAUUAAAAAGUGACAAAGGUGUGAAAGCUCA